AUGAUAUCAAAUAAAAUUGAAAAUAAAGUUAUUGAGAGUGACUAUCACGAUGGAGAUACAAAUCCACCGCACGUUUCAUGGGUACCAAUUAUAUCUAGAAGAAGUGAAAAAAUAAAAGAAGUAUUUGAUGUAAUAGCAAAGUCAGAGGGAACAGAAAGUGAUUAUAUAAAAAAAUUAAAUAGAAUUGCUGAAAUGUUAAAUGUUACUUAUGAUAUUGAAAAUGAAAAUUUUUCAAAAAUUAAAAAGAAUAAUUUAGAAAAUGUUAAGAGUUACAAAAAGAAAUACAUUGAAAAAAGUGAAUUGGAAAAGUAUAGAAAUAAUGCCUUUUCAAUAAAUGUUAUUCUUUCAACAAAAAUUUCUAUAUAUUUAUAUAGUUGUUUGUUAUUUUUUACUUUUUUACUGUUUUAA